UUCGAUAAUUGCAAAUGGUCGCUUAAUAACAGAUGAUUGAACGCGUACCGCGGCGCGCGGCGUAGCAUUUAUCUGUCAAGAGCGGUGGCGGCCGGCCGAACGGUGAUGCGCCGGCUGACGCGCGUCCGUUGAGCGUUGAACCGGCGUAGCGGGGACUCGUGACGCAUACACACGCCAGACAGAGAGAGGUUGCGAAUUCGUUUACUUCUAAGCCUACUGGGGACGGCUGCGAGAGAGCGAGCGGCCGAGAGCGCAAGAAAGAGACGGGCUGAUAAGAGCGGACCGAGCGAGACGACCUUUGAAUAACCGCGUCUUUUAUUAUGUGAUCGCGAGUCGCGCGCGGGGCGACGACACGGUGACGGCGAACGAGAGGCGAGAGUGGUGAAGCGGGAAGGCAGGAAGGAAAAGCGGACAGGCUAGGAAACAUGCGAAGCACCCGGGCCGACGUUUUCUGCUACCUCAUCGUAGCGAUCCUCGCUCUGCCGACGCUCGGCCGUGCAGAGGGACAGGAUGAUAAGACGAAACUGAGGAAAUGUAACGUCGGGCAGCUCGAUCGCGAGCAAUGCGGUAAGAACGAGAGGUGCCGCGCGAGCGGCACAGAUCAGCAAGGGCAGUGCGAGUGUCAGCUCGAUUUCCAUUCGGUUAAUGACAAAUGCGUUAGAAUCAUCCCCACGGCGGUGAACAUCGACCUCACGACCGUCAAGCCCGAGUUUAAGCCCGAGUCAGGAGGUAGCUCCGUAGCGGCUGGUCUGCUAAUACCGACCUUCCUCGUAGUAGUCGCCGUUUUGCUGUACGUCGGCGCGAGACGGUACAAAUGGCUGCAACGAUUUCGGCAGUACCGUCACAAUCGUUACGGCAAUGUCCUAGUCACGAGAGACGACGACGACGACGACGACCCGCCGAUAGCGUAAGAGUCGAAAGGGAAUGCGAAACACGCGGAACGCAACGCAUCGUCCGUUGACGCUGCGAUGAUUUAAAACGUCGAUCUUCCUCGAACGCUUCGCUGCGUGAAUUUUGCUCGACACGUGGCGUCGUUGUUCGCGUUUCGCGUCUCGGGAAAGGAUCGCAACGUGAUUUCACGCGAGCGUCAACGGAGAAGCGCGGUUGCGAGGGAGGCGAAGGGCGAGAUGAAUCACGAGGCCAAAUGCAAAGACGCGCUCGCGCGAGUAGUCACGUCUCUUCGUGAGCGAAACGGAUCUCCCGCAGUUUCUCGAUUCGUGCGACAUUGUGUAACUCUGCUUUCUUUGUUCUCGUCUUGUAAGGAGAGAGAUUUUCGCCGUUGGAUUUUCGCGCUUUUCCCUUCGAUCGGUCGCGCAAAGGCGUCGCUACUCGCGCGGACUGUCGAAACUAUAUUUAUAUGUGAUGGCAGUAAGGGAUGUGGCAUAACGAACUGCGUCUCCGACUACGUGUGAGAAUCCACACGAGAACAUAAUUUUUUACAUUGAUAUUAAUAAGCUGGUCAGUAAACUUUACGUAAUGUUAGCGUAGUGUACGAUUCGGUGAUCGUUUCUCUCGUCACCACCCUCCUCACUCUGCGCGCGAAUUCUAGGGAAACUGUAUUAAUUUGUACCAUAGUAAACCUUUCCUUUGCAGAAUGAUGCAAAAUCCUUCCCUUGCAGUUUUCCUUGGCGGAAAUGUUCCACGAUACUGGGUCAUCCCGUAAGUAAUGUGAGUUCUUUUGCUGCAAAAAAUUCAUAGGAAGGAAAAUAGCAAAUUGUUCUGAAUGCUAGUCAAUUGUGUGUUUUUCUUACUUCCUACAACAUUGUCCAUCCAAAAUUAUAAUUACAUUAUAAUUUUAAAUUAAAUAGAACUCGCAUUACCCUCUAACGGAAUGACUCAAUAUAAUAUGCUCGACACGCAUGUUUGAAUCGAUCUGGCGUUUUUCGAUUAAAUUAUUUUAGAUAUUUAUAAACGUGUUUUAAAUUAUUCUUUUUUGGGAUUUCGACUUGACUCUCGGUUCGAUUGAUCAUUCGUAUCCUGUGUUUCCGUAUUUCUUUUUUCCACGUAAAAAAUGAUUCUUUCUUUCAGAUAUUCACGAAGUCGAAUCGUUCAUGGAUCCAAAUUAGUACUUACCGUUUGCUGUUACAGGUGAUGUAACGGAAUAUUCUAAAUUCCAUCGAACGUGUGUGUAAAUCUGACAGAGUUACCUUUUUGCAAAUGCAGGAAAUUUGAUUGGAUGCGAUUGCAUUUAUACCAAACGAACGUCGCGCUUUCUAUUGUCUCUUCGAUGUUUUCUGUAACAUAAUGAAAUCUGUAUAUAUAUAUUCUUCGUCACUCGUGAAUGCGUAAUCUUGCCAGCGACAAUUUCUUCCUAUAAUCUAAUCUAAUCAUGAUUCAGGAAGAUAUAUUAUCUAUAUAUUGUUUAUGAUGGACGCACGGGCUUUACGGGUCCGCGAAAGAGAGAGACUAACAAGAGAUAAGCUUUCGAGAGUUUUAUAUAUAUAUAUAUAUAUAUAUAUAUAUANAUAUAUAUAUAUAUAUAUAUGUAUAUGUAUAUGUAUUAUAUGUACCCUAUUCUUGUACUCUAUAAUUUUUGUACAGAACUACGCGGAGUAGAAUCUAACCUAAUCAUAGUAAUUAUUCAGUGUAUAGUACUGACUCUCUGGUCGUCGUCGAUCAGAUCGUCGAUCGAGAUUUCAUAUUUUUAUAGUUCGCGAGUACAAAUUUGAGAAACGGCGAGUGGUACUGGCGAAUUAUUAUCGUGUCGAUUUUAGUACGGCGGCUAUUUCCUCUGCUCAACGCAUACGUUCCUGAAAUAUAGCAAGCACCUGAAAUAUUGUCCGCUCACGUUGCCACGGUGAUGCAUUUCUACACUGAGAAACCAAUUUACUUGACUCCAACAAAAUUAUUUCGUCCGUUCUUUUCAGCCGAUAAGAACAAACAACUUUUGUUUAGAUACGGGCAAAUAAAUAUUUCAGUCAUGAGAACCAAAUCUCCGAUUCGGAGAACCAGAUUUUGGUUUUCACAACCCAAAACAUUUGUUUGCCCAUAUCCAAACGAGACUUUUGUUUGAGUCAACUAAGUGGGCCUUUCAGUGUAUGAUUCGGCCGAAUGUCCCAACGAUUAUUAUCGCAGCUGUCGCGGCGUAUUAAAGAGCCACAGAUAUCGGCCACGUGAGCAACACGUUCGCACGUAGUAUGUCCCGAAUCAGUCUGUUUUUCUCCGGCGAAUUAGUUGUCCGCAACGAUCGCACAAUUUGUGUACGCGUCUCUACGGAGCGCCGUAGCUCGCGAUUCUGUGAUGUAUCUCGCGGUUUAUCGAUCGACGACGGGACUUACCUCGUCGAUCCCCACACGUAGCAUCUCCACACGCCGCACGACGAACGACCCUUGGUCCUGGAUUGCAUUUUCCUCGUGUAAAUAUUUCUAUACAUGCUCUGUUGCUGAAAACCAAUGUUCGAUAAUAUUCCUGUCGCGCUCCUGCAUAUAUCCGGCAUCUCGAGAGAGGCGGCUUGAAAGGCAGCGUUGUUUAAAGGCUAUCCGGAAGACAAAGCAGAUUGCCGCUUGAAAGUACGAAGCUAUUCCGUUGUCUUCGCGGCCGCAGGAUGAUUUCUCCCGAUCUGAUCUUGCAACACACGUUUUAUGAAUGUUUCUUCUAGCAUCGAGAUAUAUUUCGUUGUGUAAUUUAUCUCAUUUGUACUAUAAUAAAUAAAGGUCUCUUUAAAAGUUC